UUCCUCGCCAAUACCGAGAUUCCACGUUCGCAAACGCGGAAAGAGGGAGAAUGAAAAGUGGACGUGCGAGAUUCGAAGGGGGAAAACCGACUAGUAUUGCGCGUUUCACAGUCACGCCGGUAUUUCUCGCCAAUUCUCCCGUCUGUCCUAGCUAUUUCGCUAUCCUAACGCUGUUUCGGACGAGAUAAAAGACCGAGGAGCAAGAAUGACGGGACGAAUGGUCGUGGCGAUGAUCGCCGGAGCGUUGUUGUGCAGCGGCUCCGAUGGACAGGUGUUCGUGGGAACGGAUUGGCUGGACGGCUUGUCCGCGAACAUCGACGCGCUGAACAGAAACAUCCAGCAGAACGUGCAGCAGCUGAACGAGCGGAUACAGGAAACGGUCCAGGGCAACUUGGAGCAGGUUCGCGAAAUGACGAAGAACCUCAAGGAAGAAUUAGCUACCGCUAGACCAGCUACCGUGCAAGCUGUCGGAAGCAACAACGUGAUUUUAUCGAGCAACGACGGGACCAAGAUCGUUCAAUCUGGUCGCACGUCGGACGGAAAACCGUACGUGCGCGAGACCACGGACAAAAUCGUAGGCGACACUCUUCGACACGUCGAAAGAAUUUACGAUCCCACUACCAACAGCUCCAAGGUGCACGGCUACACGUUGGAUCUGAAGGAUCCCAAUGCUAAACCUGUUCCGAUAAACGACGCCGCGUAAAUGCCGAAGAAACGGCGAAGAAAGGACGCUCGACGAUCCACCGUUCCGCUCGGAAUUCGAAAGAUGUG